UUCAGAGCCAUUUGGGAUACGGCCAUAUUGGACCUCUCGCUGCCAGCUUACACAGAAUCACGGUGAAUGAAUGACGUGGAUUUUCAAUCAGUUAAAUUUCACCGUUGAACUGAGCGCUGCUGUGAGUGUUGGUCUCCGUGUCGACUGAAUAUUGUGUUUUCACAGCAGCUAAACAAUGAAUAAAGCCAAAGUUGAGAGUCUUCGAGACAAGGUGGAGGGAAAUGAGCUGGAUCUCAGUCUGUGUAACCUUACAGAUGUCCCGGUGAAGGAGCUUGCCGCUGUUCCCAAAGCCACAGUCCUGGACCUUUCCUGUAACAAUCUCACAACUCUAACUCCUGAUUUUUGUACACUGACUCACCUGGUUAAAGUCGACCUGAGCAAGAAUCAGCUGGUGAGCCUACCGGAGGAAAUCGGGCAUCUCUACAGCCUGCAACAUCUGGAUCUGUACAACAACAAGCUGACCACGCUGCCUCUCAGUUUCUGCCAGCUCAGGAGUCUGAAAUGGCUGGAUCUUAAAGAUAACCCUCUGGAGCCGACACUGGCCAAAGCUGCAGGAGACUGUCUGAAUGAGAAGCAGUGCAGGCAGUGCUCAGGAAGGGUUCUCCAACACAUGAGGUUUCUCCAGGAAGAAGCAGAUAAAGAGCGGGAACGCAAGCUGCUGAAGGAGAAAGAACAGGAAAAGAAGAGAGAAGCGAAACAGAGGGAGAGAGAGGCCAGGGAAAGAGAAGCACAAAAAAGGAAAAAGGCAGAGGAGAAGGAGAGGAAAAGGAGGGAAUAUGAAGCACAGAUGGCAGCUCAGGCUGUGCAGGAACAACAGAAGAAGAAGAAAGAGGAUAAGAAGAAGAGAGCCAGCCAAAAUCAAGAUAAAAAGAAGGUCAGUGUCUCCGGUGGUGUGCCUCAGACCAGACGCUCUUGGUGCUCUCGGCUCUUCUCUCUGCUCCUCAGGGUCUUGCUCCUGCUCAUCAUCGGCGCUGCAGCAGUGAUCGGCACUUGUCGGGUCACCGAGCUGAAGAAGGAGGCGUUCUGUGUUCCUGUAAAUCUGUACACAGAUGAGGUGCUGAGCUGGGCUCGAGGCCUGGACGUGGUGCAACAAGUCAUUCAGAAAAUCUCUGACCUUCAACAAUGACCUCUCGCUGGCUGACCGGCGACACGGCGUCCAUCUUGGGGCGUCUGGAGAGGAAGAUAUGUGCACUCAGGCACUACAAGGAAUGCUGUUCCCCUUGUUUCAGUGUCUCGUUUUAAAAUCAUGGCAUGGCUGUAUAGGGGGGAAAAAAAAAAUCAGAUUUCCAGAACAGAAACAGCCGAAAGUGGACUUUGGGUCUUUAUGGCUGCAUUCGAGCUACUGAACAAAGACGCUCGCCUUCAAACGUGACCUUUUAGCGCCUUACGUACUGUUCAUAAAUGUCUUAUUAAAGCAAACAGCUGCUGAAUUGGGAGCAUGCUUACUAUUUAUAAUCAUGUAGGGGGAAAAACAAACAUGGGAUGUACAAACUGUGCCAUUUUCUCUCCCAAUACAAUUCAGAUAAAAAAACAAACAAACCUCCCUUGCUUAUGUCUUUAACUUUCUUGACUGACACAUCUGUGCUAUGAACAUGAGCGAACUUCCACAGUGCUGUAUAUGUGCUAAAAUUAUGGAAUUGUAUACAUUUUGUAAUUUUUAGAAACAAAAAAAAAAAAGGAUUUUAAACGUUUAAAGGGGGGGUUAACGGCAUGAAUAAACGUCACCAUAUGGCCA